UCGCAAUGCCAAAGAUUUUUGCGAGUGUUGUUGUUUACUCUUAAACCCGAAGGUGGAGAUCAGCUGUCUGUAAGAAGAGAAAAACCCUUUCCAUUGUUUAAUUAUUUUUUUUACAACUCACUAUCACCAUGGAGUACAAAGUUGCCAACUCUAAGCCACUUAAGCUUAAAACUGAGGGUGUGAAGAAGAAAAAGAAACACAAGGAAGAAAAGAAACUGCUUGAAAAGGUAACUAAAGCAACGGAGGUUCCUCAAGAAACUCAAAAACCGCCCCAAAUUCAACGUACCAAGGCAGAGCUUGCUUUUCUGAAACAACAAGAGAAAAUGCAAAAAGAAAGAAUAGCCCAAAAGGCAUCCAAAACGCACAAACAAAGAGUGGAAGAAUUCAAUCGUCACCUGGACAGUCUCACGGAACACUUUGACAUCCCUAAAGUCAGUUGGACAAAGUAAAAUGUUUUUAUUUCAUUCAUGUAAAUACUAUUUUGUUAUUCUUUCAUUUAAUAUUAAGAACAUUAUUUGUAAUCUGAAUGAGGUUUGAGUCAAAAUUUAUUGUUAUUUGGAACAUCUAAUAGUAUCUAUUCUAUACUUAAGUUCUUUCAUCUUUGGCAACGGAUUAAAAUUUCCUUGGCACCAAUGGA